AUGGCUGAAAGUACAGAAAAGGUGGAGUGUGGCGUUGAUGCUCGCAGACGUGUACUCAACAUAGCUGUUUCUACGGUUCUUCUCGAAACAGGUUUCGAUGCUGCUGAUAAAAUGUCUUUAGAAACACUGACUGAAAUGCUUCAAAGCUUUUUCACAGAAGUUGGCAAUUCAGCUAAGGGUUACUGUGAAUUAUCAGGAAGAGUAGAACCAGUUCUUGGAGAUGUAGUGAUGGCUCUUAUUAACAUGGGCAUAAGCCUUCAAGGAUUAGAACAGUAUGCAGCAAGACCAAACCGACAUGUCAUUCAACCUUUGCAGCAAGCGCCAGCUCCUAGGACUCCAGCAAUGCUAUCAGCAGGAUCAAAGGCCAAACCUGCUCCUCACAUACCCUUCCACCUACCACCUCUGCCAGAUCCUCAUGCAUAUAUUCGGACACCAACUCACAAGCAGCCAGUAACUGAAUAUGAAGCUAUAAGAGAAAAAGCAGCCUCACAGAAGCGAGAUAUUGAAAGAGCAUUGACUAAAUUCCUUGCCAAAACUAGUGAAACACACAACCUCUUCAAUACAGAAGAUAACCAGGUCUUUCCUUUGAUUGCCUGCAAGCCUACCUUUCCGGCAUAUUUACCAUGUCUGUUACCAACAGAUCAAGUCUUUGACUUUGAUGAGUUGGAAUAUCACUUUCAAGUUGCCAACAGAACAGAAGAUAUGCCACCCGAUAAAAAAGGAGAUCAAUCAGAUAAUGAAGGAGAAAACAUGGGUGAUAAUGACAACCCUAAUAACUCCCAACUAGAUGGUCCAGAGACUACAAUGACUUCAAGCCCAGAACGGAGUAAGGCUGGUAAUUAA